AUGUCAACCUCAUCUUUCAACUUCCUCGAAGAACUUCCCGAUGUCGUCUUCUAUGCGGUGUUGGAGAGACUGCCUGGACGGGUCAUCGAAAACACUGUUCGACUAAUCUCAAGGGAUUGCUACAGAAGGGUCGAGUUGCGCAGAGGGAGACUUCCUCGUGUUUAUCUCGAUCAACUUAUUAUUCGUGCAGGGAGCAGGUUUGGGUAUAGAAGAGAGCCUAACGAGAGAGCAAGGCGUUACCUUGAAUUUGAUUAUCAAGAAACGAUCGAUCCGGCUGACUUGGUUCAACAUUUGAAUCAUUUGAAAGAGCGUGCAACCUUCAAGACCCUCGAGUUUGAUAAUGUCAAUUGGGCUUGUGCUGCAAAUUGCAAGUUGCAAAUCGAAUGCGAAGAAUUGUCUUGUUGUGUCAAUUUAACGACUCUUUCUCCGGAAAAAUUCAUGGAUAUUUUUUGCAGUAUAAGACCAACACGGAAGCUAACGAUUGGGGCGGACAACGACAUUUUUCCUGUGACGAGUGAGUUUUUCACCAACAAUUAUGCGACUCGAUUGCAAGAAGUUUCGUUGUUCGGUUACGGGAAUGCCAUGGUUGAUCCAUUAAAUGACACGAUCUUGUUGUAUUCAAAUCUUUCGUUUGUUGACAUUGAUUUUCUAACAAGUCCCGGGUGCACUCUUGAUGGGAUUCAAAGGAUGCUCCGAGACUGGUACACUUCAGAGCGUCGAAUUGAUUACAUUCACCUUCGAGCAGCUGGCGAACCUCAAAAUUUCUGGCGCAAUUUACGUCCAUUGCUAGUUCGUAAAAGGUUCCACUGCGAGGAUUACAUCGAAUCUAUCCGCGCUUUGGAAAGAGCGAAUGGGGACGUCAUUAAGCUUAAUGUUUGCAUUGAUCAUCUUGGCUAUCUUUGUAUCGAAAUGAUUCGACUAGUGCCCGGCCCGAAAGCUGACUUAUAUAGGCGGUAUGAUGACGCUGGUGGUCAUGACGAUGAUGACGUGGAUUAUGACGUGGAUAAUGACCUGGUUUUUGACGUGGAUUCUGACGUGGAU